CCUCUCCCUCCCUCCCUCUCUCUCUCUCUCUCUGCUCCUCUCUCACACGCACAGAAUCCUCUGUCAUGGCGUCUUCCAACAAUGUUACUCCCACCAACUGUAGCUGGUGGCCCAUAUCAGCCAUGGAUGAAGAUGGCAAAAUCACAGACGGAGAGGAGUGUCACGAGCCCACGAUAGAACACAAGCCAUUCUCCAAAGACAGGCUCGUUCUUUACCACUGGACUCAGUCCUUCAGCUCUCAAAAGGUGCGUCUAGUGAUCAAUGAGAAGGGGUUGCUGUGUGAAGAACGGGAUGUGAGUCUGCCUCUCACUGAGCACAAGGAGCCUUGGUUCAUGAGGCUCAAUCUAGGAGAGGAAGUACCGGUUUUCAUCCACGGAGACACAAUCGUCAGUGACUACAACCAAAUCAUUGAUUAUAUAGAGACCAACUUUACUGGAGACACAGUAGCGCAGCUGAUUCCAGAUGAAGGAACUCCUAUGUAUGCAAGGGUACAGCAGUACCGAGAGCUGCUGGAUGGGCUGCCCAUGGAUGCUUACACACAUGGAUGCAUCCUGCACCCAGAACUCACAACCGACUCCAUGAUCCCAAAGUACGCCACUGCUGAAAUACGUAGACAUUUGGCCAAUGCGGCAUCUGAACUGAUGAAGUUGGACCAUGAGGAACCCCAGCUGACAGAACCAUACCUCUCCAAGCAGAAAAAGCUCAUGGCAAAGAUCUUGGACCAUGACAAUGUGAACUACUUGAAAAAAAUUCUUGGUGAGUUGGCUAUGGUGCUAGACCAAGUAGAGGCAGAGCUGGAAAAAAGAAACCUGGAAUAUCAAGGUCAAAAGUGUGAAUUAUGGCUUUGUGGACCUACUUUUACACUAGCUGAUAUUUGUCUCGGAGCCACAUUGCACAGGCUCAAGUUCUUGGGACUCUCAAGGAAAUACUGGGAGGACGGGAGCCGGCCGAACCUGCAGUCGUUUUUUGAGCGGGUGGAGAAGCGUUUCGCUUUCCGCAAGGUGUUGGGGGACAUCCACACGACCCUGCUCUCUGCGGUUCUACCCAAUGCAUUCCGAAUGGUCAAAAAGAAGCCCCCGUCCUUCUUUGGCGCGUCCUUCUUAAUGGGCUCUCUCGGGGGGAUGGGCUAUUUUGCCUAUUGGUUUUUAAAAAAGAAAUACAUGUAGUGAAUGUGCUCUUGUAGUGUUUUGUGUCUGUGUAUCUGUAUGACGUUCGAAUUUUUCGGUAACACUGUUUUACGAUAGCAGGAAAAACAAGACAGUAUACAGAGAUUAACACUCUUUACUCACCUGGGUGAAUAAUUAAAUAAAUAUCUAAUGAGAACAUUCCAAGACUAGGAAUUCUUCUUAACAGCACCUUCUCUGGUAACAAACCUAUUUUUGUUUUUAUGAUUUACUGGUUUAUUUUAUUCAUAUUAUGCUUGCAUACAGCAUAAUUAUUUUGUGUUGUUCUGUCCAGAUUAUAAACAUUACGCAUUCUUGCCAUUUAGGACACCUAUGGUUAUAUGGUACAGCACAACGGUAUAUUAUAAACAGAAAGCCCAAAAUAGUGUUUAUUAAUCUACUCUGAAUUCUUAAGCAUUCAUAUUCUGUACGGGUUUCCGAACACUUUGCACUUCUAAUUUUAAGAAACUCAAAAUUAUCAGCAUUUAGUUGUUCACUUUUUAGUGCAGAUCACAUCUGAAACACUAUUUAUCAGCAGAAUGCAACACGUCACUGUUAGCAUGACAAUUUUCUGGUCUGAAUCUGUUUGCUUCUGCAUUUGGUGAGAGGAAUCAGUGCCAGCAAACAUAUUAAACCCCUACAUUUUCAGAAUAUUACACUGUACCAAGAAUGCAAAAACCCCAAACACUGAAGAGAACAGAAUGUUCCUCAGAAGACUGCCAAUUUUAGCAUUUCUUUCCAAUUUAAUUGUAUUUUUUAUUUUUAUUUUAUCACUAGCAAGUCGUGGAAAGUAUACUGAGUCACAUGAUGAGUAAAGUUCUUGAAAUGGAGGUGGUAUAGAAAUGUGAAUGUCAAGUUCCAGUUCUGAGCGUAAAAGCAAACACACCUUGAUGUUUAAUCGAAAAAUUUGACUUAUAAUAAAAAUCAAAUGGUCUUUUAAAUUAGUGUAACCAUUUUAAACAUGCCACUGUUUAAUUUAUGGGUUUUUCUUUCAUUGUAUUUUUCCAUUAAUGUUCACUUAUACAUUUAAACUCUGCUGGACUUGAGAGGCCAUUAAAUGUUUGCCAUGCAGUAAAGGCGAGAAAUUACAUACAUAAUAUGAGAGUUCUAUGCCACCUCACACACAAGCCAUAUACAACUGUGAAGAUGCAUUAAUACUCUAUGAUUUAAUUUUAUGUACUGCUGUUAGUCAUUUUCAAUACUAUAACUACAACAAAUGUACAGUACAAUGUCUGAGCUGAAUUUCUCGGCACCUCAAAACUCACAGAAAUGUACUUGAUCUGGAGUGAUUGUUGUGAAUUCAGAUAAGUGGCGAUCCCUACUCUAAACCGGAAUGACUGGAAGUUAAAUUAAUACAUGAGAAAUAUAUUGAUGUCUGUGGUCACUAGACUUCAUAAUAGAUUUUUUUAUUUUGUAAUUUUUAUUUUUAUAUCUUUAAAAUAUGCAUUUCUUUACAGUGCUUUCUAAGAUGUUUGUUCAUGAGCCUUAAUUUGUUCAGUUGCCAUCGAUUUCAAUAAAUCAAAAUGCUUACCUUAA